UACGAGAGCGCCGUGGCAGAGCACCUCAGCUCUCCACGCAUUGAUUUGCCUCUGUGCAGGGUUGCCGAAUACGCGAGACCUGUGUUUUCUCUAUCCCUCCGUGAGCUCUUGACACUGGUGUGGUGGUGCGGUCAAUUACUGGCUAGAUUAUGGCGCAGAACCUGUGUAUCACCCGUCAAAACCCACAGAGGUUCCAGUUAUGACCGUAUCUGCGUUAGAACACCACAGCUUCCACCACAUUGCCUGUAUGGAAAACUAUACCCUUACGUAGCAUCUGAGAGUGACCAAAACAACAAAAACUCCCUUCCUCACACCUCAACACCAGCCCCCACACCUCAUUCCACAAGGCAGAAGAGGAGGACGAGGAGGAGGCGAGGACGAGGAGGUGGAGAAGGAGGAGGAGGUAUACUGAUGGUGAUAGUGGUGAUGGUGGUGGAAAAGUGGUAAAUUGUGUGUGUGUGACGGAUUACCAGGUUUGUGAGGAGGAAGCAGCAUGGAGCCAAACCUCAUCUAAGACAUCAAGCUCUUGUGAUGGACUUUUGAUGAAGGCGAAGAGGGAAGGCAGUGGUUCAGCGGACCAGCGCACCACAGGCUCUACAUACUCUCAGAAAAUGAAUGUCCCUUGGUAGCUGAGAGGUCGCCAUGCACUUCUGGAUCGACAAGCGGAGCGCGUGCGGCCAGCGGGGUGCUCAGUUCGUCGGGUCCCCGUGUCUCUACCGCCCAAAAGCUCGCCACUACCCCAUGGUUACCCCAGUGCACAGGUUCCAACGCAUCGAAUCCGUACAGGCGGAGGGGCGGCGUGGUGGCGAGGCAGGGCGUGGCCGAGCAGGACGGGGACGGCGGCUCGGUUCCUCCCGCCCAUCAACUGACGAGGAUGAGGAGGAGAGUGUUCGCGUGCCCCUUGGGGAGACAGCGGCCCCAGAGGAGGCAUGCCUGACCCGCCUAAGCGUGCCCUCCACUCGCCAUGCCCGCAGGACCUCCGCCAACUCGUCGGUGUACUCUCGUGUCCCCGAUAACUUCAAUCUAUUCCGAAUGGGUGGCAUCAACUGGUGCGUGUGGGCUGCAUUCAUCGUUGUCACCAUGCUGCUGGUACCCGCCCACCUCUAUCUAAAAAACUUCCAUUACCGCGGCGAGUUGGUGGGCAUCAUUUUCGUGGUCAUCUUGCUGUUCCUCGUCUGCUUCUCAGUGUCGCUCUUUCACACUAAGACACGCGCUAUCUUACUCCAUCGCCUCAAUCUGGAAGACGAUGCCCGCGGCUGCGCCCUUGACCAAAGCAGCGCCUCCCCUGCUCGUCGCCGCCCGCUGUUCCCCACGCCCACCCUGGCUCACCGCCGGCUGGUGCGCCAUCUCCCAUGUCCCCCUGUCCGCAUGUCCAUGUCCACCCCUGAUCUGGUAGACGGCCACGCCCUUGCCAGGGACAGAAUGGCACGAUCCCACUCCCAGGCAUCGCGCGGCGUCAGUUACGGCAUCUUGAGGCCCCACGACACCAACGAGCACCGCCUGGAGACGCCUCUCGCCUCUGACGCCACCACUGACCCGCCGCCCUACCACGUGGCCAUCCUGUUACCAGCGCCCACUCAUGCUUCCUCGCCCAGGGAGUGCGAGACGCCCCCGCCUGCCUACGACGUGGUGCAGUGAUUCCCACGAUCGCUCACACAUGGAGGAAAUGCAAGCAGAACACGACGCAGUGCCCGUCCUCACGGCUAGCAUCCAUUCGCUGGGCCAGUGCAAACCUGCAGAGGCUGAAACACAUCCCUGUGCAUCAAUGUGAAGCAGCUGAGGCUUUCAAGUUUUUUUUUUUUCUCUCUCUUCUUUUCCAGGAAAUGAUCACUCUGUCACUCAGCUGAUCUUCUGGAAGAAGCCUUCUCAGGUCUGUGUCUAGCCAAAGCUUUCGCCUCGCUAAGGCAUCUUCAUAGCAACAACAGCAGGCUUGCGGCCUUGUGAUGGCUUCGCCCAUUAUCCUUCGGGAAAGUAAGGUGGCAAAACGUGUUCUAAGUGAUGUACUCACAGAGGCCACUGGCGUCAUUCAACGACUCUUUUCCAGUGAAGAGAAGUUAUUGGGGACGUCAGUUUUGAUCUUACAUGAAUAACAGCGGCGCCUGCUGCAGGUGUAUGUCGCACUGCGCCGCACUGAACGGAGAGUCUCCCCAAAGCACAUAGCAGCUCCAAAGAAAAGUAUUCGCAACAACGACGGAAUAAAAAGAAUAUGCGACUUAAAAAUCAAACCACAGUGUAAUCUGAAUUGCAGGUGUGCAUUCGCAACCACUGCGGCAAAUUUCAAAGUGAAAACGAUAAUGUGACAAUAAACAGAAAAAUGUAUGUAUUCGCUACACAGGGUUAAUGGUAUAAGGGAAGGAGCUGCGAUGUAAUGAUGGAUCACUUACAACAACUUUACAUCAGCUUUCACUAGUGACUUAGUGACUUUUGGGUUACUCUACAUACCUACUUUUUUCCUGGGAUAUAACCAAUCAAAAUAAGUAAGCAAAAAUCAAGCUGAUGCGAUCAAAGGUUAUAUUAUAGCCAUUAGCAUGCUGAAGCUGAAAGAGAGAGAGAGAGAGAGAGAGAGAGAGAGAGAGAGAGAGAGAGAGAGAGAGAGAGAGAGAGAGAGAGCACUUUCUUCAGUACAAUAAAAAGCUACGCACAAUCUUCCCUUCCUCCCUACUUCUUCCAUCUCCUUGACCUAAUUUACCAGUGACAUUCUAUUAGCACGGCAGGUAACACGUCCUUGCCCAUCAUGGGAGGAGAGGGGAGCAGGAGAGGCUUGCGAUCUAUAAACAGAAGCAGAUGUGCACGGUGCAACGAAGGACGAGAGAGGUGAGAAGCAUGUGACUCACCAUAAAGCAUGUUCUAUUAUACCAGGAUAGAGGAUGACUGAGUCUCGAGCUAAGGCGUUAGGUAGUCACGUCCCAGUACCCGCUGGCGUGGGCUGGUUCACGAGUUAUUGUUGCACCCAGAUGCCCCACCGUAGCCCUUCAGCGUUGGAGUAAACAUUUUAUAAAC